AUGGAGCAGUUAUUGGCGUUCCUCCGCGCGGCACCAGGUGCAUCACUCCUCCUCCACAAUCCUCUCCCCGCCUCGCGGUCCCUACCAGAAGCCUUGCAAGCCGCAGCCUCCCAGAUCCUCCUCUCAACGCAUCUUCGCUUCCCCUGCGACGUUGCCGGCUUCACGAUCUCCACCAUGAUGGGAGUCACAAGCUCAAGGGAGUGCGUCGAGGCCAUGGCGAUAUUGCUCCCUUCCUACCGUCCUCACCGUGUUCCGCCACUUGCGUCAGGAAUCCAUGGCGCAGGCGGAGAAGCCUCCUGCCGAGGAGUGAUCCCUCCAGUCGGAUUUGGUGCAGGGGAAGGGGAGACCAAGGAGGAAAUGGCGACCAAGAGGUGCGCAGGCACCCUGGGUGACAAGGGCCUCAGGGGGGAGAAGGUGUUCCUUAGUGCCGAUCUGAACGUUCUGUUGGACGACGGCCUGAACAUCAUUGGUGACAACCGCAUCCGCGCCUCCAUGCCGUCCAUCAAGUUCCUCAUGGGGAAGGGCGCCAAGGUUGUCCUGGCCAACCAUCUGGCCGCCGAGUCCAACUCCUCUGCGGUGCAGAUCACCCGCCCACCGCGCUGCGCAACUCACGAUGCAGGCGGCCCUCCUCCACGACUUAGGAUUGUAGGGAAAAGUGUGAACUAUGAAUUCAUACCAGAACUGGAUUGGCCAUGGCACAUCUUCAUCGACGAGUCAUGA